CCACCAUCUCAUUUGUUUUACUAGUAUGGCGUCAUGGCGUCAAUCCUGUCGUCCUGAAUGGUGCAGUACGAAAUCUGCAAGCAGCAGCACUUCUUUCCUCAUUUGACAUCCAGUCCAAACUCUCCUGUAGUAUCCGACUUGUUUGUCAAGCUCACCAGGUUACCAUGUCGUCGUCCCCUUUCUCCACUAACAGUAGCAACGGCGCAAAGAGAUGCAACAUUUCGGUGGAUGGGGAAUCGUUUGACAUUACGAAUCUGUUGGAAGAACUGCCCACUACUAGUACUACUAGCGAUGGUCACGACGAUGAUGACAAGCGCGACGCGUUGAAAAAGAACUAUCCGAGUAUUGGCAAAUUGUUGGCGCAAUCGAGUCAUCACAAACUUCGCGCCAGCUUUUUGGGGCGCGAAGACAGUUUCGUGUUUCCCACUUCUUCCAGUCAUCAUCAGACGGGUGUGCCCGGUUUGUCGGAACUGAACGAAUCCAUGAGUUCCUUUAGCGAAUCCCACGGAUUCCUCGAAGGAUCCAGUUGGCAUAAUACUACACUACUACUUGUAGUGAUGACGACCGCAAGAUGCCCGCCAACGAAAUCGAAGUUUCUCCGGGUGUCUUUUUGCCGUUUCGCGGUUCGGACGAAACCUGGCGGGCCAUUCGAGACGGCAAGCACUGUUGCGUCGUGUGCUUUGAUUGCUCUCUCGAGUUGGUGGCUGCUAGAGACUGUGCCCAUGUCGUCUGUCCCGAAUGUCAUACCGUCAAUCCCCUCUCUCUCGAUCAUCAUUCCUCCGGAUCCCAGCAUUUUGGGGUACUCAUGGGAUUCAAGAAACAGUGGUGUGGGGAAUAUUUCAAGGAUGAAACUACAGGAGGUUGAAGAAAAAAGAUCAAUAGUUGGACAGGAAUUGGAAUUGGAAUGGAUCGAUGGUGUACGGCAAGGCAAGGCAAAGCACUGCAAGGCAAAAACACAAACUUUAGGAGAAUCAUAAAGUCUGGGACAACAAACGUCUCAAUCGUUAGCGGCAAACGUCCGAGAUUUGUGCAUGUAAUCAUAGUAAGAAGCUUCAUUUUUU